GGCUACAAUCCGUAGGCGGAGUCGGGUAAAUUGGGCCGGUCUCCGCCGCUUUUAAUACAGAUGCGAUCCUCUGUCCUCGUGGCGUUUAGCACCACCGAGCAAGGCGAGCGAACCGCAGCGUUGGUAGAGAGCGAAGACAGUGACAGUGUGAGAAAGAGAGAACCGCAUAACAACGCCAUGACAGCACAGAACACAUACGACGUUAUAGUUAUUGGAGGAGGAAUAUCAGGGCUGAGUGCAGCUAAGCUGUUGAAGGAGAAAGGGCUGAGUCCUGUGGUUCUGGAAGCUAGAGACCGGGUUGGUGGACGGACCUUCACCGUAAAGAAUGAGCAGACGAAGUAUGUUGACCUGGGCGGGGCCUACGUCGGGCCUACUCAGAAUCGUAUCCUCCGAUUGGCUAAAGAGUGUGGAGUCAAAACCUACAAAGUCAACGAGGAGGAGAGACUGGUGCAUUAUGUAAAGGGGAAGUCCUACCCAUUCAAAGGCUCCUUCCCCCCCAUGUGGAACCCAUUCGCCCUGAUGGACUACAACAACCUGUGGAGGACGAUGGAUGAGAUGGGCAGCGAGAUCCCCAGAGAGGCUCCAUGGAAGGCUCCACAUGCUGAGGAGUGGGACAAGAUGACCAUGAAGCAGCUCUUUGAUAAGAUCUGCUGGACCAGUUCUGCGAGGCGGUUCGCCACUCUGUUUGUGAACGUGAAUGUGACCUCUGAACCCCACGAGGUGUCUGCCCUGUGGUUCCUCUGGUACGUCAAGCAGUGUGGAGGGACCAUGAGGAUCUUCUCCACCACCAACGGAGGACAGGAGAGGAAGUUUUUGGGAGGUUCCAGCCAGAUCAGUGAGUGUAUGGCCAAAGAGCUGGGUGAGCGGGUCAAGAUGGAGUCUCCUGUAUACAAGAUCGACCAGACAGGGGACAUGGUCGAGGUCGAGACGCUCAACAAGGAAACAUACAAGGCCAAGUAUGCGAUUGUGGCGACCCCUCCUGGUCUGAACUUGAAGAUGCACUUCAACCCCGAGCUGCCCCCUCUCAGAAACCAGCUGAUCCACAGGGUCCCCAUGGGCUCUGUCAUCAAAUGUAUUGUCUACUACAGAGAGAACUUCUGGAGGAAGAAAGGGUACUGUGGCACUAUGGUGAUCGAGGAGGAAGAGGCCCCCAUUGGCUUGACUCUGGAUGACACAAAGCCCGAUGGGACUGUGCCCGCCAUUAUGGGCUUCAUCCUGGCCCGCAAGUGCAGGAAGCUAUGUGGACUGACGAAAGAGGAGAGGAAGAAGAGGAUCUGUGAGAUCUAUUCCAGAGUGCUAGACUCAGAGGAGGCUCUGCAUCCUGUGCACUAUGAGGAGAAGAACUGGUGUGAGGAGGAGUAUUCUGGAGGCUGCUACACUGCUUACUUCCCCCCUGGUAUACUCACCCAGUACGGCAAGGUUCUCAGGGAGCCAGUAGGCAGGCUGUACUUUGCAGGCACAGAGACAGCUACUGAGUGGAGUGGCUACAUGGAGGGGGCUGUUCAGGCAGGGGAGAGGGCUGCCAGAGAGGUCAUGUAUGAAAUGGGCAGGAUUCCACAGAGUCAGAUCUGGCAAACAGAGCCUGAGUCAGUGGAAGUCCCAGCACUCCCGUUUGUCACCACCUUCUGGGAGCGAAACCUUCCAUCUGUGGGCGGGUUCAUCAACUUCCUGGGCGUAGCCUCGGUCCUGUCUGUUGCCACUGCAGCAGGCAUGUUGGCCUAUCAGAAGGGGCUUCUCACCCGGUGCUAAACCUAAACCCCUCCCACCACCUCCUCUCCUGCAUCUCCAGAGGGCAGUUCUCUGACGGCACACUAUUCCCUUUACAAUGCACUUCUUUUGACCACAGCUAGAGUAGUGCUCCACUUUUGACCACAGCUAGAGUAGUGCUCCACUUUUGACCACAUAGAGUUCUGGUCUAAAGUAAUGCACUUUAUAGGAAACAGGUUGCCAUGUGAGACGUUGCCACUCUGUGUCAUAGGCCUUGGUAAAGACUGUUCAGCUCUGUCAUUCACUACUGUACCGUCCAUUGUUCUAAAAACCUCCAUCCUCCACAGUGUCCCAACACAGGAUCUAUCAAGACCAGCUCACAAUAAUAUUGUCUGUUCUGCUAAGAUUGCUCUUUGAUACCUGAGAUGGGAGAUGAGAGAGAAUCCCUAGCUAAAAAUAAGUCUGUGAUUCAGACUCUCAAACCAAUGAAGGAUGACAACUAAAUCAGAGUUAUUGAAACAGUAGCUUUCCCAAUGAAGUUAUCAUUCACAAAUCUGCAUUGACUGUUUGAGACUGUGUGUUAAUUACCUCUGCUGAUUUUAGGUGCUGACUAAUCUGAUUUAUAAUGUCAUAGAACCUGUAAAACCAGCUCUAAGAUUAAGUCUAGUAACAGUUUAGCAACGGCAUAAUAUUGUCAGAAUAUCUAUGUUAUUAAUGCAUCCAGAAUCCUACAUCCAGAGGUGUUUCCGUUACGUUGCUCUCAACAGACAUAGUAUUCCUUGUGAAGAGAAUGGAAACCUUUUUUUUAAAUGUAUUUUCAGGAUUAGAUCAUUUAAUUCAUUGUUGUUGUAAUUGAAUCUCCUAUGAUUAUAUUUGAAAUAUUAUGCAUUAGAUUUUUUUUUCCAAUGAGGUUCGAUCCUCAAUGAUAGUCAUGAAUUGUAUUCUGAAGAUGUCCAUCAUUUUAUUGUCUGGGACCAUUUUGAAGAUUACCGAACAACAACAAAAAUACUAAGAAUAUUACUACAGUAAUACAAGAAUAUUAUAUUCUCUCAUCUAUGAUUUCAGUAGGUCUCCAUCCAUUAUUUCACACAACCUGUGUGCACAUGGGUGUGAUUAUGGAAAGACUUUAUUUGUAACCUUUCUAUUUAAAUGCUCUCAUUGAUACAUAUUGAUUGAUCAUAGAAGGCAGUAUUUAUUUAUUUAUUUAGCCGCCUAUCCGUUAACCAACUAAAUAAACACUGCCUAUAUUUAAACUUAUCGUCUUGAUUCUCCCAUGUAUUUCUGCUGAAGCCAGAGCAUACCCAAUGGAAGAGGCACAUCAUUUACCAGAAAGUAGCCUUGUAGUUUUAGAAUUUUUGAAUGGUCUUCAAUGGGCAAAAAUGUAAGGCAAUGGUCUUCAAGCUAAAUACUUCGUAAAUGUGGAAGUAAAUUCAUCCACAAACACAAAUAUAAUUUUAUACACAUCUUAAAUGAUCGCUUACAUGUUUUAAUGAUGUAAUCAUCAAGCCCAUUGAAAAGAUUAGGGGACAUCACCUCAAAGUAAAGCAGGAGGUGUGGAUACUUUCAGAGGGUAUUGAGCUUGCUUCUAACUACAGCUAAUUUGCCCAUGAUACUGAAUAAGUCCAGUUUCACAGUAUUUUCAGCAGAUAUUCCUCUCUUCGCCUAACAAAUAUGUACGAAACAGAUUUCUAUCCAAUAAUAAAGAUCCCUCUAAAAAAAUAAAAAGACAACAGUGGAAGAAAAUAAAAUGUGAGUGAAAUAACAUGAAUAUCUAGAUCUAUAGAUGAACAGAAUUACUGCUCUGAGUAGAUAAGAGAAUCAACCUGUAAGAGCAUCCGUUCUGAAGCAUACUGUACGGUCGGUCUUACAGUGAGUGGUGGAACAUUGUGAUGUUGUCCCUAAAGACGUGUGCGUACGCCGUGAGUGUAGUCCAUCUUGCCUUAAUAUAAGUUGUGGUGUUUUAACAUUUUUGCAAGUGCCUGUGUAACUCACACUCAUUUCCCAUUCCCCCUUCCGCUGUACCCCCCUGUCUGGUUCAUUUGGCGUUAACUGGAGCUCAUUGGCCACCUUUGGAUUGAGUGCUCAUUCUGAUAUGUCUUAAUUUCUUGUUCUUGAUUUUUUUUUUACAUUUGUGUAUUGUUACUGUUUUGCUAGAUAUUGCGGCACUUUUGGAGCUAGAAACAUAAGCUUCAUGCUGCACCUGCGAUAACAUCUGCAAAAAUGUGUACGUGACCAAUAAAAUGUCAUUUGAUUUUGACACCUUCUUAGGCCAUUGACUGAGCUCUGUAUCCGGCAGGCGAGCGUCUGAGGCUGAACAAACAAUCAUGCUAACAUCCGUGAUGCUACAGUUAGCUUUCCAGUUGUGUAUGUGUGAAUCUUAAAAUGGCCGACUGUGAACUGUGUAAAUCAGCCCAUACAUCUCUAGCUAAACUAUCUAUCUAUAUGUUCUGAAAUGUUGUUAUUGCUGUACUCCUCAGAUAUGCUAUCUAUCCCUUAGCUUAGCUUACAUCCUACCGUGACACUAAACUUGAACCCCUACCCCCAGGCUCCAAGCAUUUCUCUCUUUUUUGCAUUUGAUUCACCUCAAAGUAACUUUUGCUCAGAGGCCUGGUUGUAACCAGAAUCAGAUGAGUAGGGAUUGGACCAUGAUGUCAAGAAAGAUCUCAACAUUCUCAAAGAAGUAUAGUAGUAGAACAGUCUGUUUGUUCUGAUGGAAAACUAGUGAACGGAACUACAGGAACCAACUGGAAACAGCUGCUCCCUGGUGUCCUGGAUGACAUCACCAGUGUCCUAGUUCCCUGUGUGACAUCAUUAGUGUCCUGGUUCCCUGUGUGACAUCAUCAGUGUCUAAUCCCUCUCUCUCUGCUUCUAGGCCUGACACUGUCUGUUCUAUUCCGUCCCUCUCUCAAUGGCUGGCUGUGUGUGAAAUGUCGUACCUUCUAAUCGGCUAAUUGCAUUCUUUGAUGUCUUUAUAUGAUUCCUCUCCCUCAAAGAUGGUGAUAAAAACAUUGAUUUUACCUCCUA